AUGUCCAAUCCCUUCGAAGAAAGACAAGGUGUUCUAUUAGAAAGGAUAAUCAAGAACGUUGAGAGAUGCAAUGAAGCCUUCAACGAGCUUAACAAAUGCGUUCAAGAUGUAAACACCGCCAACAAAGAUACCGUCAUAACCUCGAAAUUAUUUGAUAACUACAAUAGAAAUGUCAAUUACAACUUGAAAGCUAUUGGGGAGUUGAAGGAGCCUUUAUAG